AUGGAUAAUUUCACAUCGGCGGUAGAUAAGGACUUUUUCGCCCACGGUGCCUGGGAAAAUGAAGUGACAGUCGUUAGUCUGUCGUUCUGUAUCAUCUUCAUUGCCUCUCUCGUCUGUAAUAUUCUCGUCAUAACCACUUUUGGAUUACAUCGAUGUCUACGAUCCAUUCACGACAAGCUAAUUAUCUGUUUGGCCGCCAUCAAUCUUUUUAUUUCGAUGGGCGUUCCUUUUUAUAUGUUUUACUCUGUCGCCCUGGAUUACAUUUCUGACCGGAAGUGGAUGUGCCUAGUUGUAUUUUCGUUUUCGUACGGUGGGAUCAUAUCGUCGCUUUUCAUACACCUUGGAUUGGCCGUCGACAGAUAUAUCUGCAUAGUUAGUCCGACCAUUCACAGGAAGAUUAAAUCAUACCACGUUAUCAUAUGGUGCCUGAUAUCAAUUUUCUUCGGACUAUCAAUAACUUUACUUCCGGUUCUUGGUUGGAACAACUGGGACAUGUACGAUAGAUGCGUCAUUGAAGUGUUUCCAAGUUCGUUUUCGUUAAUGUUGAAGUGCAUUGCGUUAUUGAUUUUGACAACAAAUGGAGUAAUACAUAUCAUUCUUCUCAGUAUAGCACACAAACACUCAAAGAAGAUUAUCGGCGUCAUCCGUCACAUACAAAGUCUUCACACCUCCGAUAAGAACUUCACCGUGAAAACCUUCAGUUCUACAGCUGUCGUGACCGUCUUCAUUUUGUGCGGAGUUUCAACUCUUUGUUGGCUUCCGGUCCUAGUGAUGACAGGUUUCUAUCAUCUUCCAAACAUGGACCCUCUGCAGAAGAUUAUGCUCUCGCAAAUUCUCUUCAUGCCCAUUCUGCUGAAUACGUGUCUUAGUCCAAUCAUUUACGUGACCCGGAACAAGCACUUCCAGAAUGCACUGAAGUCCGUGUUGCUAAGGCGACAACAUGUCUGUCUCUGA